GCAAGAUAAGUAGAUAAAUUAUAUCUAAUAGCAGGUAUGGCUUAUGUGGAAAAUAUUAUGCAUCAGACAACAAGAAAUGAAUAUGGAUACUAACAGUGGUGUCAAUUGUGAACAAAGUGACUCCUCGAGGGCAGAGAUCAAUGUACACAUGGAAACAGUGGGAUACCAUAGAGACCUACCUCCACCAUACACUGUGCAGGAUGUGCAGCCUCAGACAGUUAUCAGGCAAACUAUAAUCAUACAACCUCCACUAAAAGAUGCUCCUAUGUUUUUCCAUUGCAGCAAAUGCUAUAAAAGAGUAUUAACUAAAGUGGAAUACGUAAAUACAAGGAAAACUCACAUGAUGGCUGGUUUCAUCUUCGGAUUUACAUGUUGGUGCCUUUUGUGUUGCUUUGCGUUUAUACCUUAUUUAAUACCAACAUUCAAAAGGGUGAAGCACUAUUGUCCCGAAUGCAACACAUACCUAGGUGAUUAUUCUAAGGUAUAAACUUCCACCCAAAGACUGCUUUAUAAAGCACUUAUUAACACCAUGAGAAGCUGUUAUACUUGUACAAUUUAUGCUCCAAGCUGCACCACUUAGUUGUAUGCUGUAACACAUGUUACAUAAAGAAAUGUUUUUCUGGAAGUUUGUAAUUUACAUGAGAACAGAUGGUAAACAAGAAUGCAACUUUAAUGAACACACUUGAGUACUAGAUUUGCAUGAGAACAGUAAUGUGUAAUGACCAAGAGCCCUCUUAUAAUGCUCUGUUUAAUAGGAAAGUCAUCAGUGGUUAUGAUGCAAGUAAGAUACAAUAUAUACAGAGAUAUAAAACUAACUUUAUCUUAACUGUGUAAAUGUAAGCUGUAAAAUAUAACCAAUAUUACUUAAAA